CCAGGACAGGUCUGUCAGGAGGGCUGUGCGUGUGCGGCGCCGUGCGAGGGCGAACGCGUGUGCGCGCCGCGGUGUGUGCGGGGCGCGGGUGGCAGCCGCGAUCGGGCUGGGCGCCGGCUUCGUGGGUGCCGUGGGUGCGAGUACGCCCGUGUGCCGCCGGGUCCUGCGCUACCGGUACGCGGCAGAACCGCCGGCGGAGCCGCCCGCGGGAGGAGCCCGGCCCGGUGCUGCCCGCCCGCCCUCCCUCCCUCCGCCCGGCGUGGCUGGUCCCAGCUAAACAUGCUGCCAGGAGGGCUCAGGAACGCGCGGCAGGCUCUGCCCCGUUAGCCCGGGGUUCCCGGGGGGGCUUCGGCCAUGAAUUCCUCUCCCCCCGCCCCCGGGCCCCCCCCCCGGCCCUCUGCAGCUCUGGCAGGAGGAGAACCAGACCCAAGGUGGGCUCUGGAACGGGAGCCAGGAGCUGGGCUGGGAAGAGCUGGAGAAGAUGCUCUUCCUCUUCGUGAAGGAGCCCGUCACCAUCAGCCUCACGGCGAUGUACCUGGUAUCCUUUGUGGUGGGCUUCGUGGGCAACAUCAUGUCCAUCAGGGUGCUCACCCGGAAGCGUCGGAGUCGCGUGUCCAGCCUGAGUGCCACCCGCAGCCUCCUCAUCAACCUGGCCGUGUGCGACCUCAUGGUGGUGUGCGUCUGCAUGCCCAUCACCGUGGGCAACCUCAUCUACAAAGCCUGGGUGUACGGGGACUUCCUCUGCCGGGCGGUGCCCUUCAUCCAGGCUGUUUCUGUCUCCGCCAGCGUCCUCAGCCUGACCGUCAUCAGCGUGAACCGGUACUACAGCGUGCACAAUCCACUCAACGCCCGGUCUUUCUUCACCCAGAAGAGGAUCCUCAGCACCAUCCUGGUGGUCUGGUUGUUGUCCUCAGGGAUAUGCAUGCCCCUCAUCUUCAUGAACAAACGGGAUGAGAUUGGGGUGGUGGAGGGCUUGCCUCUGGUGUUUUCCAUCUGCAGGGAGAUUUGGCCUCAGGAGAGGCUCAAGCAAGCCUACAACUUUCUGCUCUUCUGUGCCCUCUACUGCCUGCCGGUCCUGUUCAACAUGGUCAUCUGCUUUCUCACGGUGCGCCGGCUGUGGAGCCGCAGCAGCCAGCUGAAGGAGAGCACUGCCCUGAAUCGAUCUCUGCCAGCCUCCAGGCUGAAGAUCCGGAAGAAGGUAGCGCAGAUGGUGGUGGCCCUGGUCCUGCUGUUCGCAAUCUCCUGGCUGCCCGUCUACCUGAUGGACAUCUGGAUUGAUUUCAACAUCCCCAAAUCUUUGCAGGAUGUCACUCCUUCUCCUUGGAUCCUGCAGCUCAGACCUUUUGCCCAGUGGCUUGGCCUCACCAAUUCCAGCCUCAACCCUAUAUGCUAUUGCUUUGUUGGGAACCUCUACAGGUCAGCCAAGGAAAUGAAGAGCAAAUACCACCAAAGAAUGGUCUCUCUCUUUAACUUCUCUCUGUCUGAAGGGACAACCCGUUCCUCGGUCCCAGAGCCGCUCUCUUACCGGAGUUCAAUGGAGCCUGCAAGGAAAGGACCCUCCGCCACCCCCACCAUGGGCAGGAGAUGUCAGGGAGGUCAUGGCCGUAAGAACAAUUGUGGACACUUGAACUCCUGCCAGCAUCCAGCCCUGAACACUGUCUCCAGUGAGAACACUUCCUUGUAAUUCUGCUCAGGAAGUGCACCUCAUACCCUCAUCCGCAUUUAAUGACUCUUUAGAGGUCUUUCUGAACCAGAUAUUUUAACGAUGGAAAAAAAAUUUCUUCUAAUCACUCCCACCACCAGUUCAAAAAUACUGAGACAGGGAAAGAAGCAAAUAAUGAGAGAAAAAGAUGGCAUAUUUUAACUCAGAUCAAGUUUUAAGACAAAUGAUUUUUACUGGGGACAACUAGAUGUGCAGCCUGUUGCCCAGUCAACAGUCACAUAAUUAGAUAGAUCAACUUCCCAACGAGUGAGCUCUCCCCGCAGCUCCAUCUCUGGAUGCAGAGAUGCCGUGUGGAUACAGCAACGAUUUGACUGCUUGCUGCUGCUCACCCUGUGCUGACAAAGAGCAGUGGUAAGAGGCACUCUCUGCUCCAAAGCCAUCAGUUGUAGUUGCAAGCAGUGAUGAAAUGCUAGAAACAGCCUCAUAAAAAGUAAUAGUAGUGGAGAAUUUCACACACUUUACCACUUGAGAUUUCAUUGUCUGAUCAUAUUGUUUCACUCCUCCAUGCAAAUAAAUUCUCCUGAUGUGAAGAGACAGUGCCAGAAGUACUAAAGCAACCAUGACCACUCCACAGUUGGGAAUUCUGAAGGGAUAAUGGGGCCUCGGAGAUGGUUUAGGAAAUGCAAUAGGAAAAUAUUCUUCGGGCAUCAGCUCUCUUUCUUACAGCUAUGUUCCUGCAGGUGGGGUGAAAAGAACUGGGCAUCUUUUAACAUGGUUUGCACUUGAAAAACCAGCCCGUGUUCAGCUGUGACUGUACCAAACAAAGUCAAUGGCAUGUGAAAAUAAAAAUAGCAAGUGGUUUAUAGCUAAUAAAAUCAGAAUCAAUUAAUGCAAUGCUAUUUGUCUGGGAAGGAGAGCAUCAAAGGGCUUGCUUUUCCUGAAGAUCAGGAGUAGGUUAAAACCUAUUUCUUCCAUCAUGUCCUUUAAAGGAGGCUUUGAUAAAUAAAUUGUAUACUUUUAUUAUAUUAGCAUCAAAAGGCCCCACUAAAGCUUGAGAAUUCUACUGUGCUGAGCACUGGAUCUGUAUUCAUAAAGAAAGGAAACCUUUCUCCCAAAGAUCUAAGUGAAAACACGUCAGACCAGGCAAUAAGUGGGAGCAAAAAAAAUACAACAAAGACCCAAAAGGCUGGAAUGAAACUAGAGAUCAGCCCCUUCCCUGUGCCUGCCCAGUUCUAAGUGUGAGGGGAUGCCUACCAUCUCCUGAUGCCAGAAGAGCUCAUACCCCAGCUACUUGCGUACCAGCACCCGGCGCAGCAGGGCUCUCCCCUUAGCGAGCCCCAGAACGAACGCAGCAGCCUUCCUGGGAGAGGAUUUUGCAUUUAAUGGAACUCAGGCUUUUGAUGACUGGAGGCUUUUUUUUUUUUUAUUACUGAACAAGGGAAUGACGUUCUGGGAAAUCUAAGUUUCAAAUAAUAUCCUCCUGCCUUCUAGGGAGCCUUUUGCUUACAAAAAAAUAGAGACGAAACCAACAGUAUUCCCACCUUUGUAAUGAUCACUCAAUAACAUUUUAUGUUAACAAUAAUCUUCCUGGAAAACAAAAGAUGCCUCCUUAACAGACAGUGCCAUCUGCGAUUUGUAUCCUCUUUUUGUGUGAACAAGAAAGAAAUUACAACUACCCAGAUUUAGUUUGGGUGAGAAAUCGCUUUUAUGUGUGCUGGGAGAUGAGAACAUCUGCAUUUUUGCAGGUGAUAGAGGAGUGUACUGACUGCCGGUAGCUGUGGAGAAAAGCCUGUCAAGCUUGCUCCGAAUGCCCACUGACUCCAGGUCCUGGAAACAGAUGUCCUCCACCCCCAGACCAGAUGUGACACAAUACUGAAACUUCCCUACGUUGCCCUGACCAAUGUAUUUAAUCCUGCCCUGAAUAAACCGCAAAGGACGGACCAUGGAGAUGCCAGACCAGCUCCGUCCCAUGAGGUGGCCCAGCUCUGAAAAUGGCCAGGAUCAAAUGACGCAAUCAAAGGUGCAAGAAAUCCACAUUUUAAAGUAUCCCAGAGGAGGAUUUUUUUUCUCUCAGUUCAUGAGCUGAUGCCUGGAUCCUGCCCUGAAAAUCUCCGUACCCUCCACAGAGGCAGAAGUACCAGGGACUGUGUGUUCCCCUGAACAUGCCCGUGCCUUCCCCUCCUGAUGCAGAUGCCCAUGCCUUUCUCCAGCCCCACAGCACUCCUAACCACCAAGAUAACACCGUGUCAAGGGCCACUUCCACCGAGCAAGGUCAUCUCCUCUUUACACUUCUAAAUGUAUUUUCCAGUUUCAUUCAGUGUUCCUGUUUUCCUAUAAUAAAGUCGAAUUGCUCACUUUAACUCCUCUGUGUCUCCCUCGGUCACUCUCUCCCUAUCCCCCAUGCGCCAACCGCUUCUCCACU